AUGGCAACAGAGGUGGUUCUUGACACAACAAUGACCUGCAAGAACUUCUCAACAUUGGCGCAGCGAGGUUACUACAAUAAUGUCAUAUUCCACCGAAUAAUUCCCAAUUUCAUGGUUCAGACGGGCGACCCAACAGGAACUGGAAGAGGGGGAAGCUCGAUAUAUGGUGAAAAGUUCGAAGACGAGAUAAACCCAUCUCUUAAACACACUGGCGCUGGAGUUCUGAGUAUGGCGAACAGUGGACCUAACACUAAUGGAAGCCAGUUUUUUAUCACACUGGCACCAACACCUUGGUUGGAUGGAAAGCAUACAAUAUUUGGACGAGUGAAAAGCGGGAUGAGAGUCGUUCAGAGGAUGGGAUUGGUAAAGACAGGGGCUGAGGAUCGACCUGUGGACCAAGUUAAGAUACUGAAGGCCCGUCUUGUUGAAGCUGAGGAAGAGUGA